AUGUAUGCGGAAAAAGGGUUUCCGUUUGGGUUUCCUCUCUGGGACCCGAGGGAGCGGAGGAGAGAGGCGCACAGGGGGACGAGGGCGCCCGACAACGCCUGCGGCCCGGGCGUCCGCUACCGGGCCGGGGUCCGCGGGUGGCUCCAACUGGAGCCCGAAAGCAGAGUGUCACAGAUGCUGCGGCAGAAAAUGUGGGUGCCCUGGAACGGGCUCAUCGUGAUUGGGAAGAGAAAGGAGCUCCUGAGGAGAAACACGCAGAAGCCUAGGCUGUGGAAUCCGAAGCCUGAGCCUGAGUACUGGACUCUGGAAGAUGUGGAGAAGACGGUCUCGAAAGGGGAGUCGGGCCUGAGUCCGGAACGGAGGAGUGUGCGGUUACCACCGCCCGGUGCAGCUGGUGCAUCGCGGGCUUCCGCCGGCCUGGGGCGGGCGAGCCCGGAGGAAGGGUGGGGAAAGCCAGAACACGAGGUUAUAGAUGAAGGCCCUGGUGAAUGA